UUUUCCUUGUCACGUCUGUCCUGUUGUGUGCUGUUGCUGCGGUCCUGAUUAUAGAGGAAGGACCGGUUUAUUGGCAUUUUGUUUUCAGAGGCUACAGGUCUGAACACGAUGAUUAAUAUAUGUCCAGGUUGGACGAUGAUCAAGUUUAUCAGUCGGUCUCUGGCUUGUCUGGGACAGUUUACCUCCCCUGUUGUUUUUAAAAGAAACUCCAUCUGCUUCAUAUAAUUACAAUGACGAGUUUAUUUUAUUUUUUUUAUAUUUGGCCAAUAACAUUUUUUUUUCUCUCAAUACAAAUGUAGAAUAGAUCCCAUUCAGACCCUCCAUUUGAUCCCAUUCAGACUGUUCAAACAUUAAGACAACAGUGCAGCUCAUAAAGAAACAUCUGAUGUUUGAAGGGAAAUAAGAGAGCAACUUAAACCCCAUUUGUUUUUUUACAGUUCUCCACUGGAGACCAGUGGUGCGUGUCUGUGUGACCACAGGCCGUGUGUGUGUGUGUGUGUGUGUGUGUGUGUGUGUGACCGCACCUUGCAAGUCUGCACAAACAAGCGCAGCCCUGAAACAGGAAAGGUGACAUUUUUGAGUAACAACUGGCGAGAUCCGACUUCAGACUGUACUGUCUGUACCUGUCCUGUAUGUUAGCCGGCCUAGCAGGGGGAAGUUGGAUCCAGUUGAGGCAUCAAGGUGUGCCCAUGACCGCGUUGAGCAAUACUGACCCCUCCUCUUCCUCCUACCUGGCCUUAGCUGGAAGCCUUUCUUAGGAAAUAGCCAAAGUUGACUGUGACUCUGAAGAGCUUUGGGUAGAAGCUGUGUCCACUGCUUUAACAACACUCGUCAGUGCUUGCACCUGUCUGCAUGCAUUUCAAGGUGCUCCCUGUAAACCACAUACGAUUUGUCAUGUUGUUGACGUUGAAUCAGAUUAGCUGUCCUGUGCAGAUGCCACUGACAUGGCGGAUGGCACCACUUCAUCAGACGUCGGGCCUCCUCCUCCUCCUCCUCCCCCCCAGGUCCAAGCUCCUGGCGAGGGUGGUGACCUCCUGACCUGCGGCCAGUGCAGCCAGGCCUUCCCCCUCGCCCACAUCCUAGCGUUCAUCCAGCACAAACAGGGCGACUGCAGCUCCCGAAACCAAGCCCCAAACGGCAGCGCCACUCCCCCCUCACCUGCCAACCGAUCGCAGCUGCGCGUCGCCAACGCCGAGCUGGGGCCGGGCUUCAUCGAGCUGAGGAGAGGGGGCAGAGCCUGUGGGGAGGAGCAUGGCGUCAAGUUGAAGGCGGAGCACAGCAAAGCAGUGUCUGAGGAGCCUUCCUACUUCACCUGCCAGCAGUGUGAAGGCGUGUUUCCAUCUGCAUGGCUGCUCUUACAGCACGCUCAGCGCGCGCACUCCUUCAGCAUCUACCAAGAGGACGAGGAGGAUGACACAGACAUGAGAGGAGGAAGAAGAGGAGGCCUUAAAGAGCACAAGGCUGCUGCAGCCACUCUAGACCCUCGCCACCUGAGCCAAGCUCUUGCUUCUGCCUUUCAGCCCUCCCUGCGCCUCAGUCGCUCCCGCCAGACACACACCGCCUCCUCUUUCAGUAACAGGCAGGCUCUGAACUUUUCAGUGCGGCUCAGGGAGCUCGCAGAGGGGAAUAACGACCCCACCGGCAGCUCCCCCGGAGGCCUGGUGCUGUCUCCGUCCUCCUCGCCACCAGCAGCUUCUCCCUUUCCUCAGACCAGCGCCCUCCAGGCUGACUUCCACUGCGAGCUGUGUGACCAGAACUUCCUGUCCCUGCGUGCCCUGUCCGCCCACCGCCGGACUCACUCCUGCGACAGGCCCUAUCACUGCGGAGUGUGCGGACAGGCCUUUGCCCAGAGCGGCCAGCUGGCACGGCACAUAAGGAGCCAUCACAGGGAGGCUGGAGGUGGAGGAAGUGGAUAUGAGUCGGUGGAGAUGGUCGUGAUGGAGGAGGAUGUAGGGAGGCAGGGGAUGAGAGGGAGGUUUCAAAUGCAGCCAGGUGGAAUCCUCAUGGGAAAGGGAAUGGUCGGGGCAGAAUUGAGAGCCCAGGGUCCCUCAGAGUUAGACCUGACCCUGCCCAAACACCCGUCCAUAGCUUCAGGCCUGAUGCUGCUGACCUCGCAGGUUAGACCGGCAGACACGGAGCUGCUGAGGCCGUAUCGGUGCCAGAGAGAAGGGGGAGAGGGAGGGGAGGAGGAGGCAGAGGCGCAGGGGGAACCUCGGCACACCUCACCCUGCGCCAGCCCCUCUGAAGGCUCCCUGGAGAGCGGAGAGACAGGAGGCAGCGGCGAGAGCGGUAUCGCUAGUGGCAACUGCACGCCCAAACGGCCAGAGAUGGGGGACAGAGUGCGAGGAGUCGGAGAGUGGGCGAACGAAGGAGGAGAGGUCAUGGAGAGGGAGACGGCGUGGAGCUCAGCCAACGUCAGCGAGGUUGUGCAGGAGUGGCAGAGGGAGAACGAGUGGAGGAGUCUAGGAGGAGGUGUCAGCGGCGGAGGAAACAACAACAACAACAAUACUACUGUCGGCUCGGCUGGAAAGAAGAAGAAAGACGAAGCGUGUGAAUACUGUGGUAAACAGUUCAGGAACAGCAGCAACCUUACUGUGCACCGCCGCAGCCACACAGGUGAACGGCCAUACCGCUGUGGCCUCUGCAACUACGCCUGCGCUCAGAGCUCAAAGUUAACGCGCCACAUGAAGACCCACGGCGCGCAGGGAGCCAAGGCUUCCUUUUUGUGUCAGCUGUGCUCGGUACCCUUCACCGUUUACGCCACUCUGGAGAAACACCUGAAGAAAGUUCACGGCCUGAGCCACGCCAGCGUGGGAGCGUACGCACAGGCCAGCGCUGCAGACACUUUGGCUGCCAUAAAAGCUGGUGGAGAAGCAGCAGCAGCAGUGGUGGUGAAAAUGGAGGAGGAGGAUGCCAGUUUGGAUCAGAUAGAAAUGGAGAGCAAAAUUCAGGGUGAUGUGGCGAAAAGCAUGGAGGUGGAGGAGGGGCAGAGCCAAGCGGAGUACGUGGAGAGCACAGGGAGUCCAGCCGUAGUGGCUGAUCUCCCAGCCGAGAGCAACGCGGAGGUGAGCUUAGCUUUAGCUUCUGCUCCAUGAGAGCUGCUCUCAUCCACUAAUUGACAUUAAAAUAGCACUGUAUAGGAUUUAAGUUGCCCAUUCAAAUAAAAAUAUUUUGCCCCAUCAUUGAACAGACAUCAAGUUAAACUGAAAUCUAGUUUAAAAAAAAAAGAAAGAAAGAAGCUGCAGCAGUCCCGUCCUCUUAGCCAGCGCCGAGGCACACAGCAGCCACGUUGUUCAUGAUUGUAUGCGAAGCUGCUGGUUGAAACUAAGUGCCUACAGUUCUUUUAAACCACAGAGCAAAAAAACAAGGCCAUGACAUUCAGCAGGGAGAUUACCAGAGCUCUUGAACAGGAAGUGAACCGCCACAGUCCACACAGACACAGGAAACUGAUCACCAUGUUGCAGUGCAGGAUGCAAAAGACGAGUGAUUUAUGUCUCUGGCGACCCACUGGACAGGUGGAGACAGAUAUUAACUGUCAGAUGAUACAGGGAUUAUAUUGAAUAUCAAAAAGCCUAGCAAAUAUAUUUCCAGUGUCGGCAGACAGAGAGGGGUCACAUUGUGUUUCCAAGCUGUUGCUGGUUUUCUUUUGAGAAGACCUUUUUAAAGACUAAAGAUGUUUGACUCGAGGGUGAAAUGAAUCCAAACACUGUCUGCCUGCAGUUUCUCAGACUCCUCUUUUUAAAGGCGCUUGGUUGUCACAACACUUAGCGUAAUGUUUACAGGGCUCAUGGGGCCUGGCAAGGUUGUGCUCCUGACUUUGUGACAGUAUAUAUGUAUGAUUUUCUGUUUUCUAAUUUUAUAAAUGUGAAUAGGAAGACUUUAAAAUCUCAUCUACUGAUAUAUAUAUAUAUUAUUUUUUUUUUUCCUUGAUUCGUUUCUAUGCAUAAAAAAACAGCAAUUUUACCUACAUGUGAAACGGGUGUUUUAUUUUUCUUUUUGUACUUAUUAUUAUUAUUAUUAUUAUUAUUAUUAUUAUUAUUAUUAUUGUUGUGCUGGUAAUUUCUCUCUUUCAUUGUUUACAUUUGUAAAGUGCCGGACUGCUUGAAGCUCCAGCAUGUUUUGCAGCCAUUUGAAACUGUUCUUUUCCCUGUUGCCUGUGUUUGAAUUAUUCCUAAUUUAUGGAUUCUGCAUGUCGGUAAUUGUGUAAAGGCUGAACUACAGGGUUGACAGAUGCGGGAGUAGCUAGUUGAUUGGUGGAGUUUUGUGAGAAGCACUUGGCUGAGUUUGCGUGAAUGUGUGUGUGUGUGUGUGUGUGUGUUUGUUUGUUUGUGUGUACAAAUUUGGGGGGGGGGGGGCGAGAGAGAUUCUCAGGUGACACUUUUACUUGAACCCUGUCUGUGAUCUUGUUUCCAGAGCAUGACUUGGCAGGUUAUAAUCACUGUGUCGUGCUCCUGGCAGGUGUGUCGCCGACGAGGAUUUAAGAAACGCAAUAAAAGAUUUGUUAAUAUUUGAGCUCAACACACAGGGCAGAGCCAGGGCUGUGUAUGAACACGGGAUUUUGUUUUUACACACACACACACACACACACACACACACACACACACACACACACACACACACACACACACACACACACACACACACACACACACACACACACACACACACACAGCGGUCAGCUAGCGGGCCGUGAGGAGAUAGUCCCUGAAUUUGACAGUGUAUCGAAUUAGAAUCGCAGACUCCAACUUUUUAAGCGAGAGGAAACAUGCUCUCAAAGUAGAGUGCUGCCAAUGUUUUCAUGACUACUGUGAUGACUUUGUGUGACCAUAUCUGAUUUCUACUUGCAUUCAUGUCAGGGAAAACAAAUUAUUGUGUGUGUUGUGUAAUGAAUGAUUGGGAAUGAGUGCAGUGUAACUGUUCAGGGAUAAUAUUGUGUACAUAAAUUGACAUUCUUGCUGUUGCUAUAUGUAUUAUUGUUAUUAAUAUUAACUGCCACCACUCUUCCUAUUAUCGUCUCCUUUCAGCUGAACACUGGCUAUUGUGAAGCUCCGCUGUCUUUGUAAACUUGACACCAUAUUGUAAUUCACCUUCUCAUGAGAAGCCUCAAUAAAGAAUUGAGGUGAAAUA